GAGAGACUGUGAAGGGACUUUCCCAAAAGGAAAACAGCAGGUCAGAAGUCGAAAUCGCGAUACGGACGUCCUUACGCUUCGGUUCAAUUAAACUCGAUUCACGAUGGAGAGUUGCGGUUCAAUUGAGGAAAUUUUAACUGAUGACGUCGUGAACUAGUUGCGGUUGGUGUUAGAAUGUAGACUAGUGAAUGUGAUUAGUGGAUAUUUUGGAUUUGAAAGGUUCGCAUCGGGGAAAUCUGCCACAGAGUAAUUUGCGGGGUGCGGUUGCGUGUGUGUGAGUGGGGGGUUACUUGCUACCAACACUAGCACACGUCAGUCCAAGUGAGUGACCGUGAGUGUCUCGCGUGCGGUGAAAAACAGAGAGAAAGAGUGUGGGAGAGCGGUUCUGAGAGUUUUUCCGAGUCGCUGAAGCGGAGGAAAAUUUGGAAAACUCCUCGCGUGCUUUUGAGCAGUCAGUCUGUUUUUAGCUCUCGGUGAAUUCGGUUUUGCUCGGCGGACUCCGGCCCUCGGCUCCCUCUAAGUGUUGAGGUUGAGGUUCAGCAGCACAAGACAGAUGGCUGGCUGGCUGUAAUUUAACCGCUGAAAAUAGAUAAAUAUAAUUAGUGGAGAGAAGAUCUUCUUUGGGAGGGAAAAAGAGGAAAAAAGUUUGUGCGAAAAGUGGGAAAGAGGCAAUGAAGUCGUUACUUUGGUGGGUGUUGUUUUGCGUGUAAUUUUCCUGCCCCCGCGGAAGAUUUUGGUCCGAACUUUGCGAAAUUCUUACGGCACGCGAAAACAGAAGCCCCCUUCGAAGUUCACGCGCUCUCGUUUAAAAACGAAGAAUUUAAGUUGGAAAGUGGAAAAGAAUCGUGCAAAACGUGAAAAAUCGUGUGUAUGUGAGAAGCGCCGCCGGAAAAUUUUCAUCCAGCCGUCACAAUAUGUUCAAAAAUAUCUCCCAGCAUCUCUCCUUGCUGGUCGACGUCGACGACGUCUGAGAUGAAAGUGUAGUGUGUCUGUAAAGCCGUUCAGACAGACUAUCCAGCAGCAUCCCCAAAGCAUCGUGUAAAAGAGGGGUGAAAAGUGCGGAAAACCCAUUCGCUUGAUGAAUUCUGGACCACUGUCAAGAGGCAGAGCGGCAUCAGCUCAAGAUUCCGGCGAAAAUUUACGACCGCAAGAUCUUCCGUGACCAGCCUCAAGUGUGUGCCCCACGGAGCAAAAGUUGUGCGAGUGUGAAAUUUUGCUGGUUGAUGUAAAGUUGCAGCCAGCUUGAUGUCGCGCCAGUGACGGGAAUCUGACCAAAACAGCUCACGGCAGCUCUCCAGCUUUUCCGACCACGACGGUGUACAGCUGUUUGAAGCCGCUGCCUCUCCUUCUCCUCUUGGUGAGCUGAGAGUUUGUCCUUGUCAAGUGUGUUCACUCGAAAAUUGAAAAAAGUGUAAAAAGUGCAAAAAAAAAACAUAAAACAAACCAGAUCUAAUUUUAAAAAUAAAAGAAAAAUCAUCGAAAAGUGAAAAAUAAGUAAGAAGAAAAAUAUGAAAAUUUAACAAGUUAAACCUACAAAACAAAAUAAGUGAACCAACUUUAAAGAACAAACGUCGUUUGCUGAUGCAGAGCUGUAUGAACGAGCAAAAUUUAUUAAAAUAACCCUGCAUAAUAUAGCGCAAGAAUAAAAAGCCAAGUCAGUGAAGAAGAAGAAAAAAAGCAUCGAAGGACUAUAAAUAACAGCAGUGUGCAAAGUAGCAGUUUUUUCUCCUCUCUUCUGCUAGGAGGAGGGAAAACGUGUUGGAAGUGAAAAGUGCACGAAAAAUGGCCAAAAAAUGUGGCCCCAUUUUGGAUGCUGGCAAAAGUGGAAGUGUUGUUGUUGCUGAUAAUGUUGCCGGACUAGCAGCAGCAGCGGCAGUUUUCGAAGAAGAUUGAAAAGUCAUCAAAACAGGUGAAAAAGUUAAAAUUAACUUCGCAGCCGGUCUUGAGAGAGCCAAUAAAGAACACUCGCUCAAUCGUGCGUCCCAAUCGCAAUUUAUCGUGCAGUACCGGAAUUGCUCAGCCCCCAAGAAGGUGGAAUAGAAAGGUGACGACGAUGGCAAUUUAUGGAAUACCUGCUUAACAACGGGUGACCUUUGAAACUUGAACUCCUUGAGCCCCUCCAACAUCUGAAGAACUUCUCAAAAACUCUUUCUCACCUACUCUCUCUGUCUAUCUCGCUAUCUCGUUCCAACUCUAUGUGUCUAAACCUUUCUCUCUGUCUCACUCCUUCUUAAACUCUCUCGUGCACACCUCCCCCUCUAAUAGCGUUGAUUGUUGUUACUGUUGUUCAAACUGCCACAAAACUUUGCCAAUCUCAAAAACGGGUAGCAAAGUUUGCCUGAAAAAAUAAGGAGAAUAAAAUUUUAAACCCCGAGCAAGAGAGUAAAAGUACCCAAGAAAAUCCCAUUCCAACAAGGUCGCAGGAAGAAACUGGAAGAACAAGAAAAAAAAGUGUGAGAAAUUACGUGAAAAAAACAGCUUUCACAUGUGAAUAUGUGUGUGAGCUCCAAGAGUGCAAACAGUUGGUAAUCACAACCACCCAGGCCAAAGGGAGAAGAAAAAGUUGCUAACCCAAUUUGGCGCCAAGGAAAAGUUGGUGCUCCAAAAAGGAAAAAAGUCGCCGUUUGUCAGUGUCAGUCCGUGUGUACGUGUGUGUUUAUGUGUGAUUGAAAAGCAACCGCUUCCGGCAGUUUGCUGGAAUUGCAACUCUCACAAACAUACAUCAAACGUGAGGGUGAGCGAAGUUUCACGGAAAAAGGAAGGAAGGAAGAAAAAGUGGGCAAUUGCUUCGGACCGUGUAAUUGUUUGGAACAAUUAAAUGACUUGACGUUAAAGCUAGCCGCACCCUGUACCUCAAGUGCCAUCGCAGAGAAACGAAACAAAAAGAGCGACAAAAAGCAAAGAAAAAGUUUUCCCCUAAAAAAAAAGCUUACCAUACGCUAUGUGUGCUUAAUUUGUGCCGACGACAUUCGAAAAAUGAGCGAAAAAUUUUCAAGUGAAUUCUCGACCAAAAUCGUCUGCAAACAUCGCCACCAUCACCAGUGUUUGCUCGUCGAAAGCAAGGCAAAUAGAAGUAGUACACCAUCAUCGUCGUCGUCGUCAAAAGUGCCCGGCGCUGCUGCCCGAAUGUAGAGACAGAACCAAAGUGUUGACCACAAGGAAAUUAUAAUAAAUGCCGCAAAAGUUGACCAAAAGUGCCAUGAGACGGGCGAAAAUUUCGUCUUAAUUGCAGUGCUUCUUCUUGGUUUGUUUUUGUUUUUUUUUAUUCAAGCUUUUAUGCGCUUUUGAGUUGUUCGAUUUAUUUUGCCUUGAAAUUCUCAACUCACCACCACAACAACAAAAAAUCACCAAACUGGCAACGCUUCUUGCUUCUUCGCGCUGAGAGCCGGGUUGCCAACCAAAAAAACAAACACUGACACAAAGCGAUGGCCACCAAAUACGGCACACAGAUUCUGUACACCAGAUCACGCACCACCAUCAAGUAAGAAAAAGUUCAUUUCCCGCAAAAAAAAACUUGAAAACAAAUCAAAUUAGUCCAAAUUACAUCCGGUAGUUGUCGCUAGCGAAUCAGAUGUCUCACGUCAUCGUAAUCGUGUGAGUGUGAUUUAGUUGAAGUAAACUUGAGUCAAUCAUAAGUGAUGCAUCAUCAUCAAACACAUUCCAGUAACGUAAUCGCAAGCCUAAACAGUAGAGACGUGGCUGAACAAUGUAAAGCAGGAUCGCGGAAAUCGUGUGUUCGAUUUAGAUAAAGAAAAGCUCCGAAAGCCCGUCUCCACACUGUCGAUUCCCGGAUCGAUGAAAACACCGUGCGCCGGAAACCGGGAAUCAGUAUCGGCUGCAUGCACAGAAGAAGCCGGUAUCGCGCUUGUGGGCGUACACUCAGAGUAUCCCAGGUACAUGGAGGAGCGAGGCCUGGGUGGCGGCGUCUGUAAAGGUCCCGGCACGAUCCAGGGUGGCCCCGGCACGAAGCAAAAACCGAAUGUCGGCUACCGGCUCGGGCGACGGAAAGCGCUGUUCGAGAAGCGGAAGCGCAUCAGUGAUUACGCCCUCGUCAUGGGCAUGUUCGGCAUUAUUGUGAUGGUGAUAGAGAACGAGCUGAGUAGCGCCGGUGUAUAUACUAAGGCAUCUUUUUAUUCAACUGCUUUAAAAACGUUAAUAUCCGUAUCGACUGUGAUUUUACUCGGGCUCAUUGUAGCCUACCACGCCUUGGAAGUUCAGCUUUUUAUGAUAGAUAACUGUGCGGAUGACUGGCGGAUAGCGAUGACCUGGCAGCGAAUGAGCCAAAUAGCAUUAGAGUUAGCGAUCUGCGCGGUCCAUCCCAUUCCCGGCCAGUACUACUUUCUGUGGACGACGAAGCUAGCGAAUAAGAACAAAGCCAUGGGCGCGGAACUGGUCCCGUACGACGUGGCGCUCUCCUUGCCAAUGUUCCUCCGUUUGUACCUGAUAUGCCGCGUGAUGCUGUUACAUUCGAAACUCUUUACCGACGCCUCGUCACGUAGUAUAGGUGCGCUGAAUCGAAUCAAUUUCAACACGAGAUUUGUGCUGAAAACACUCAUGACAAUAUGUCCGGGAACGGUCCUACUAGUAUUCAUGGUUUCAUUAUGGAUAAUAGCAUCAUGGACGCUUCGGCAGUGCGAGAGGUUUCACGACGAAGAACAUGCCAAUCUCUUGAACGCCAUGUGGUUAAUCGCCAUAACCUUUUUGAGCGUUGGCUUCGGCGAUAUCGUGCCGAACACGUACUGUGGCCGAGGCAUUGCAGUCAGUACGGGUAUUAUGGGGGCCGGUUGUACCGCCCUGCUGGUGGCGGUCGUGUCCAGGAAGCUCGAGUUGACGCGGGCAGAAAAACACGUGCACAACUUCAUGAUGGACACGCAGCUGACGAAAAGGCUGAAAAAUGCGGCAGCUAAUGUACUUAGGGAAACCUGGCUGAUUUACAAACACACACGAUUAGUGAAACGAGUCAAUCCAGGACGAGUACGAACGCAUCAGAGGAAGUUCCUGUUAGCAAUCUACGCGCUACGAAAGGUAAAAAUGGACCAACGAAAACUGAUGGACAACGCCAACACCAUAACGGAUAUGGCAAAAACCCAAAACACGGUAUAUGAGAUAGUGUCGGACAUGUCAACCCGGCAGGACACCCUGGAGGAACGCAUCACCAGCCUCGAGGACAAGUUGCAAUCUAUUCAGACACAAAUCGAAAAUCUUCCUGACAUGCUGACGCGCUGCCUGACGCAACACCAGGAGCGCAUGGACCAGCGGAGGAACUUUUUGCACCCGGACGCGGCCGUAACCGGGUCGUCGUCCGGUCUGCCAACGCCGGCGCCUCCGCUCGGUUCCCCGAUGAUGUUACCGCACUCCAGUUUUUCUUUUAGGAGUGUCCCAUCGUCGUCGACACCGGCCUAUCCCUGGCCCGCAAGUCCCAUCCUCCCACCAAUCUCCAGUAGAACGCCUCACUUGGUUCCGGAAACGCUCAUUCCCGCCCCGGUGACGACCGCAUCGUCCAUCUCGAUGUCCAACUCGCUGACGAACCAGUUCCUCAGCAACCAGUCGUCGGCGACCGGGGACACAACGAUGGCCACGCACAGGACAUCUAGCUGAAUCGAGCCCGGUAGCCCAAACAACUCGCUUUCCCUAAUCUCAUUCUCCACCAACAACAACACCCACUAUCAGAACUGCAACUCCUCCAACUCCAACUCUAGUCCCACGCCGACCAACACGACCACGACCACGUCUAGCAGUAGCAAGUUUACUAAACAGCGGGAACGAGCAACGCGGUUCUAGCUUCUGUCGGCGGUCCCCUGUUAGUCCUCCACCCCCCAUCAAAAGCCCACCUCCCUCCACCAAACUAGGGAACAUCCCCAAUUCCACUACCCUCACACCCCAUCUUUAAAAACUGUGCGGCCACGAGAACCGGGGAAACCAAAAGUGCAUCGAUCUGUGCGGUACGGAAUUACGAUAACGCUAAUUAUAGCUAUGUACUAACUAGGGAGAGAGAGCGCGAACGAAUGUUACAAAGAGUUACAUGUGUGUCAGGAACGUAUGACGAACGAGCGAGAUUGUGGGUGAUGAUAACACCACAAAAAAUAACACGAAUGAUGAGCGGAAGUGUCUCGUUGGGGCAUGCGAGUGUGAGAGAGAGAGGUUGACGGGAAUGGGGUAGAAACGAAUAAGUUGAUAAAAGACUACUUAGUGAUUAGUGAGUAAUUAAAGUCGAAGCGGUGAUUAGGCGAUGCGUGCGCGGGUGCUACAAGAUCCGCCAGCGAAAGAUCCAACCAACUCCAGACUGUAAGAAAACAGACGCGCACGUGGGCGAUUCCAUGCUUCUUAAUUGAUGGCGAAAUUUGGUGAUUUUAUCAGGUUGAAAUCGUUUUAUUAAAAAAAUCUUUUUUAACAGCAAAUUUCCUUAUCAGAUACAAAAAUCCUAUAAAAGCUGUUUAUUUUGCGAUUCGUAUAAGUGUGACUGAUUAGAAUUUUACUCAGAAGCUUUUUUCAUAAAAUUAUUUUUAUUAGGUCCUUUUCAGUACUGGGACCUGGUUAGGGCCGAGUCGGCUUUUGUAAUUACAUUGAUCUUUUUUCUCAUUGAAUGCUCAAAAAUCCUUGGUAGGCAAUUUUUUCAUUAUACAGAUUUUUAAAUCUAUGUUUUGAAAAUUUCCUUUUGGAUGUCAUUAAACAUUUGUGAACAUGUUAAUAAUAAAGAAGAGCAAUUUUUUAAUCUUUUGAAAACAUUUAUUUUUUUUGUUUGUUUCGAUUUGGUUGAAAGUUUGUACAUCGAUUUCAUAUCUCCAAAUAAGCAACUACUUCACAGUGGUCGGAAACGCAAAUUUAGCAGGAAUAAUUUAUUUCCGCUUCAGAGAUGCAUUUUUGAGCUUCGGUGUCUGAGAAGCAUUUGUUAAAAAUGAAAUUCUACAUCUUUUGGUCAAAACGAUAUUAGGGUGGU